AUGAAUCAAGAGGCGGCGGUGUACACGUCAGUUGACAGACAUCGAGCCCUACCGUCGUCGAGGCGAAGAGGAGGUCACCGGUGGCUUGGAGACGGAGUUUACCGGCCAGACAGCCUCGUCACGGAGGCUUCAAGCAAACUGGACAAUGCCGAACUGUACCACACCAAAAGAGAGCAUGUCUGUCGGUUGCACUGUCUUGCGGCACGACAGAGCCAUAAAGACCCAUCUGUUUAA